CAGAGCCCCCACCUCUCCGAGUCUCCUCUCCUCUGGGCGGCUCCCCGUACACUGCGCUCCACACCGCUCCGAUCCGUCCGCUCCCACACACCAUGGGCUUGGAGAAGGAGAAAGCCGAUGCUCGGAUCUUCAUGGACGAGGAUGACUUCAACCGCUCCGACAUGCCCAUGCUGACAGAGAAGACCUAUGAGAGCAGCCAGCAGGAUCGGGACCCCAACAAUCUCAACAGCUACUUGAAGCUAGGCUUUGAGGAUGUGAUCGCAGAGCCUGAUACCACUCACAGCUUCGAUAAGGUGUGGAUCUGCAGCACUGCACUCUAUGAAAUCAGUAAAUACCUCAUCUACAAGGUGCUCACCCUGCUCCUGGCCAUCCCACUGGCCUUUGUCAUAGGAGUGCUCUUCGCCAUCCUCAGCUGCCUGCACAUUUGGAUUGUUAUGCCAUUUGUGAAGACCUGUCUAAUGGUGUUACCAUCUGUGCAAGCGAUAUGGAGAGGUGUUACAGACAGCCUGAUAGCCCCUUUUUUUGCAAGUAUGGGGCGGUGUUUUUCAUCUGUUAGCAUGCGAGUAGACAACAGUUAG